UCACAGCAGCACAGAGGCAAGACCAAACACGUAGGAGAGAGGAAGGAUGAGUGGAGGAGAAAGGGCUGAUCGGUGAAGGUCUCCAGAGAGGGAAAGCAGAGAGGAGAGGAAGGAGAUGAACAGGGAUACGGGGGUGAGCAGCCAGCACAGGGAACAUCCAUCAGCUCAGGCAGCCAUGCUCUGAGCCCUGGAGCAGCAGGGCUACACAGUCACUGCACAGGCCCAGCAUCAGGCCUACCUCAGCCCUGCAUCCCAGCCACAAACACCAGGGCAGGGACAGGAAAAGAUCCACAGCACAUCAGCUGCUCACAGGAGCCAUGAGGACAUCCAGGAAGGGCAGCGUGGAGAUGCCUGCAUUUGUACGGCAGCUGGUGAAAGAGACGGAGAAGAAGGUGAGCUCUUUCUUCAAGGGGAGCCGUGGUGGAGGAGCAGCAGAGGGGGAAAAGCCAGGGGAGGGGGAGAAGGAGGAAGUCAUCCCCAGCCCCUACCUGGACCGGCCAGUCCUGGACAAGCUGGCAGAGGAGGGCUGUGCCCGCUGGGGUCUCACCUACGCCCUGGGGAGCAUGCAGGGCUGGAGGGCCAACAUGGAGGACUUCCACAACUGUGUGCCACAGCUGGGUGGAGAAUUCGCAGACUGGAGCUUCUUCGCUGUGUUUGAUGGGCAUGCAGGCAGCUCCGUGGCACAGCACUGCUCCCAGCACCUUCUGGGUCACAUCCUCGCCACAGGUGGAAUAGGACCAGAGGAUGACCCUGAAAAGGUGAGAGGUGCCAUCGUCGAGGGUUUCCUGCAAACUGACAAGCACCUACACUCAGUGGCACGUCGAGAAGGCUGGGAGAGAGGUGGCACCACUGUGAUAGCCACCCUCAUCUCUCCGUAUUACAUCUACUUCGCCAACUGUGGUGACUCAAGAGCCAUGUUGUGCCGAUCUGGCCAGGUCUGUUUCUCCACUGACGACCACAAACCCUACAGCCCUCUGGAGAAGGAACGUAUUGAGAGUGCAGGCGGCUCAGUGUCCUUCCAAAGGAUCAAUGGUUCACUGGCAGUCUCCCGUGCUCUUGGGGACUUCAGCUACAAGGGGGCAGAGAACCGACCGCCCAGCCAGCAGAUGGUGUCCCCGGAGCCAGAGGUGUUUGUUGUGGAGCGCUCGCCAGCAGAUGAGUUCCUGGUGCUCGCCUGCGAUGGGGUGUGGGACACCAUCAGCAAUGAGGAGCUGUGCGCCUUUAUCCAUAACCGGCUGAGUGUGUGCACUGAUCUGAGGGAUGUCUGCACUCAAGUCAUUGACCUCUGUCUCUACAAGGGCAGCCUGGACAACAUCAGCAUCAUCCUGCUGUGCUUCCCUGGAGCCCCCCAGCUGUCAGCAGAGGCAUUACACCAGGAGGCUGAACUGGAUGACCUGCUGGAGUCCAAAGUAGCAGAAAUCUAUGAUGAGCUCUGUGCCAGGGGCGAGGAACCUGACCUGCUGUCUGUCCUCACGGUCCUCGCAUCCACCGUCAUACCUGGAUUACCACCAGGGGGAGGCAUACAGAGCAAAAGGAACUGCAUUAUUUCUGCCUACUAUCAACAAAGAGAGACGCACAAGCCAUCAGUCCCAAAUGGCCUGGGAGGCUCCUGAGAAGCUCCACUGGGUCUCAUCUCCGAGGAUCCGUGGAGGGACUGUAAUUAAUGUCCAUAUUAAAACUGUUUCCUUCGUGUGUGCAAUUUGACAAAAAGGGAGAUG